UUAUAUAUCUUAACUGAUUAAAAAAAAGCAUAAAAAAACAUUUCCAAAAAACAAGUUCCAUGGAAAAAGACAAUAUAACAAAUGAUUUUGUAAGCAAUUUACCAAAAGAAAUUCUUGGUCACAUAGUUUCUUUUCUACCAAAUGAAUCAUCAAUGGAAACCAUCCUCAUUUCAACAAAGUGGAGAGACUUAUGGAAUGAAACCAUUGUUAGAUAUGGAACAAAACAAGACAUCACUAAUGUUCUUGCCAAAUUUCUUACAAGUUUUGAUGAUUUUGAUCCAUUGAAACAUCCAAGAAAGCUUCAAUUCCACUAUGAUCAAGAUUAUGCAUUAUUAGCUACUAUUGCUAAUAGUACUAAGCUUCUACUAGAUUUCAAUUUCUCUCCUUUGAAGAAAGAGUGCAAUGAAAAUACUCAAAAACAUUAUGAACUUCAAUUCAAGCUCAAUGAGGAAAAAAAGAUAAGCUACAACAAAUGUUUCUCACUCAAAACUCUUUACUUGAAAUCAAUAAGCUAUUUAACUAGUGAAGUAGCUUCAUCUAUUGUUUCAAGUUUGGAUCAUCUUGAGAGUUUGGUGAUUGUUUCAUGUAAUGGAUUGAAAUCUUUGAGUAUUGACUUUAACUUUGAGCUUCACAAGUUAACAAUUUUGGAUUGCUUGGAAUUGAAGUGGCUUCAUCUUAAAACUUCUAAACUCAAAUCAUUUCAAUAUAGAGGAUCACUUCCUUGGAUUUUGCCGGAAUUUCAUUUCAAUCUUAGUGAUGCUAUUCUUGAUUUUAGAUUAGGACUAAGUUGUGGUGGAAUUAAGAGUAAGGAUUUUGAUGCAACUUUGUUGACAAUAAAGAACUCUCAAGCUCUUACACUUUGUAGAUGGACUUUUGAGAUAAAUGAGAUGCCCUGAACACACAUCAAUGUUUCCUUAGAGCAACUUUUUGUGAAGAUUGAUGAUGAAAGUUAUUCAGUUGGAAGAUCCAAUUCAUUCUUAAUGCAAACAACUAAAUGUACAAAAUUAGAGCAUCUAAAAGUGAUAAAGUUUAUGGGGUUUACAUGUAGAAAAGAUGAAAUUUCAUUGGCAAAAUGUU